AUGUUCGAGGCGCGCCUGGUCCAGGGCUCCAUCUUGAAGAAGGUGCUUGAGGCGCUUAAGGACCUCAUGAACGAGGCCUGCUGGGACAUCAGCUCGAGCGGCGUGAACCUGCAGAGCAUGGACUCGUCCCAUGUCUCUUUGGUGCAGCUCACCCUGCGCUCCGAGGGCUUCGACACGUACCGCUGCGAUGGCAACUUGGCCAUGGGCAUGAACCUCACCAGCAUGUCCAAAAUACUGAAAUGUGCUGGCAAUGAAGACAUCAUUACAGUAAGGGCUGAAGAUAAUGCGGACACCUUGGCACUUGUAUUUGAAGUUCCAAAUCAAGAAAAGGUUUCAGACUAUGAAAUGAAGUUAAUGGAUUUAGAUGUUGAACAACUUGGAAUUCCAGAACAAGAGUACAGCUGUGUAGUAAAGAUGCCUUCUGGUGAAUUUGCACGUAUAUGCCGAGAUCUCAGUCAUAUUGGAGAUGCUGUUGUAAUUUCCUGUGCAAAAGAUGGAGUGAAAUUUUCUGCAAGUGGAGAACUUGGAAAUGGAAAUAUUAAGUUGUCACAAACGAGUAAUGUUGAUAAAGAAGAGGAAGCUGUUACCAUAGACAUGAAUGAACCAGUUCAGCUAACUUUUGCACUGAGGUACCUGAACUUCUUUACAAAAGCCACUCCACUCUCUCCUACAGUUAACACUCAGUAUGUCUGCAGAUGUACCCCUUGUUGUAGAGUAUAA